AUGUCCAACAUCUUCGGCAAGAAAGGGAAGAGUUUCGGCGGUCCAGAUUCGCCGCAUAGUCGUGCAGCACGCGUGCGGUUCAAGAGCGCCAGCCUGAAUUGCGUCGACUCGCCCAAGAAGCAGAAUGACGACACCUGCAAAUACAGGGUGUUCGUUGGUACGUGGAACGUGGGAGGGAAGAAUCCCAACGACGGGCUUAACCUGCAGGACUUCCUGCAGGUGGACGAGUCCUCCGACAUUUACGUCUUAGGGUUUCAGGAGAUCGUUCCCCUGACCGCCGGCAACGUGCUGGUGCUGGAGGACAACGAGCCGGCGGCGAGGUGGCUGGCGCUCAUCCACCAGGCGCUCAACCAUCCGCAGGAGCAGCCGGACAGCGACGAGCCGCCGCAGCAGCCGCCGGAGCCUGGCCCCGCCGACGCCGGCCGGCAGCAGAACCGCCGGCGCGACGCCAUGGCCACCAGGUCCUCCAGCGGCAACCUCUUCUUCCAGACGCCGUCGCUCAAGCUCCUCAGCACCAGCUACCGCGUCGACAGCGCGCUCGUCAAGACCUGCAACUGCUCCGCGGAGGCGUCCCUGCAGCGCCGCCGCGCCACGGAGGUGCGCGAGUCCGUGUACCGCGCCGCCGAGACGCCCCCCGCGAGCACGGCCGCCGAGGCGACGUCGACGUCGUCCGGCGGCUGGGACGACGACGGCGCCGCCGCCGCCACCACGCCGGGGCAGUGCGAGCCGUCGGCGGCGGACGGCGGCGGCAUGAGCUACUGCCUGAUCGCGAGCAAGCAGAUGGUGGGGCUGUUCCUGUCGGUGUGGGUGAAGAAGGAGCUGGUGGAGCACGUGGGGCACCUCCGGGUGGACUGCGUCGGCCGGGGCAUCAUGCGCUGGCUGGGCAACAAGGGGUGCAUCGCCAUGAGCAUGACGCUGCACCACACCAGCCUCUGCUUCGUGUGCAGCCACCUGGCCUCCGGCGAGAAGGAGGGCGACGAGGUCCGGAGGAACGCCGACGUCGCCGAGAUCCUCAAGAGCGCGCACUUCCCCCGCGCAUGCAAGUCCUCCGCCGCCCACCAGCGCGUCCUCCCCGAGCGGAUCCUCGAGCACGACAAGAUGAUCUGGCUCGGGGACCUGAACUACCGGGUCUCCCUGAGCUACGAGGAGACGAGGACGCUGCUGGAGGAGAACGACUGGGACGCUCUGCUGGAGAAGGACCAGCUGAUGAUCGAGAGGGAAGCGGGGAGGGUGUUCGGGGGCUGGAAGGAGGGCAAGAUCAGCUUCGCGCCGACGUACAAGUACACGCAGAACUCUGACGCGUACGCCGGCGAGACGGUCAAGUCCAAGAAGAAGCGGCGAACGCCGGCAUGGUGCGACCGGAUACUGUGGCACGGCGAAGGCAUCGAGCAGCUGCAGUACCUGCGGGGCGAGUCCAGGUUCUCCGACCACCGGCCGGUCUGGGGCGUGUUCGCCGUCGAGGUGGAGGCCGGCGGCGGCAGGAUGAGGAACUGCUACUCGAUGUCCGCGCGGAUCGGCCACGACAAGCCGGGGUCGCCGCAGAGGCACGGCGGCUCCGUCGAGCCCUCGUCGUAG